AUGUCGGACUUUGAAGACGAAAUGGACAUUGAUGUCCCAGUGUCCAAGGACGUCAUGUUCGCCGCCACCAAUACGGCCAAGGGCAAGCGAAGCGCCGGCAAUCUGCCCGUUGAAGCAGAAGACAGUCUCCCAUGGGUCGAAAAGUACCGCCCCGUAUCUCUCUCCGAUGUGUCUGGCCAACAAGACAUUCUCGCAACCAUCAACAAGUUUGUCGACACGAACCGACUCCCUCAUCUCCUUUUCUACGGUCCUCCUGGUACCGGUAAAACAUCAACCGUUCUUGCCCUGGCCCGACAAAUCUAUGGCACCGCAAACAUGCGCCAGAUGGUGCUCGAGUUGAACGCUUCCGAUGACCGUGGUAUCGACGUUGUGCGCGAGCAAAUCAAGACCUUUGCCUCCACCAAGCAGAUCUUCUCCCUCGGCUCCUCCUCUUCGCGCUCGGGGCUGGCUGGUUUCAAGCUCAUCAUUCUCGACGAGGCUGAUGCCAUGACGUCCACAGCGCAGAUGGCCCUCCGUCGCAUCAUGGAAAAGUACACGGCCAACACUCGCUUCUGCAUCAUUGCCAAUUACUCCCACAAGCUCAGCCCAGCCCUCCUGUCGAGAUGCACACGGUUCCGUUUCAGCCCUCUAAAAGAAAAGGAUAUUCGUGUCUUGGUGGACAAGGUCAUUGACGAGGAAAAUGUCAAGAUUCUGCCAGAUGCUACCGAUGCGCUGGUGCGGUUGAGCAAGGGUGAUAUGCGUCGGGCGUUAAACGUCCUACAGGCUUGCCACGCGUCAAGUACACCCCUUCAACCAAAGAACGCCCCCAAGAUCGCCGAAAAGGACAUUGUACGGGAGACCAUCACCAUUCGAACCAUCUACGACUGCGUUGCCGCGCCACCACCCGACGCCAUCAAAAAGAUUCUCAGCACACUUUUGAGCACGAGCGACGUCACAACCUGUCUGUCGACUAUCAACACCCUCAAGGUUGCACAAGGUUUGGCCCUUGCCGACAUUAUCACCGCUCUGUCGGAAGAGAUCAUCAAGCUGGAAGUCAAGCCGCAGGUCAUGAUCACAUGGCUUGAUGAACUUGCCAAGAUUGAGCAUCGGGUAGCGAGCGGAGCCGGAGAGGUGAUCCAGACUGGUGCGGUAGUGGGUGCGAUACGGAAUGGUGUAGAACUGAUGGGAUAGUGUUGUUGUUGUUGAGAGUCAAAAGCAAAAAGCUACUCGGUGUUGUUUUGUCUGCAUCUAUGGUUCGGAGUUUAAGC